AUCCGUUGGGGUUGUAUAAAAGGAGACAUUAUGAAUAAUUCAUGACCAUUCUUCUCAGCAACUUUGUUGAAAGAGCAUUGAUAGUGUCAACAUGUCUGGCCGUGGCAAGGGCAAGAAGAGGAGCAAGGGAAAGAGCCGAUCCUCCCGUGCAGGGCUCCAGUUCCCUGUUGGCCGCGUUCACCGCUUCAUGCGCAAGGGCAACUAUGCAGGACGUGUUGGCGCCGGCGCCCCAGUCUACAUGGCCGCCGUGCUGGAGUACUUGACCGCCGAAGUGCUGGAGUUGGCCGGCAACGCUGCCCGUGACAACAAGAAGACCAGGAUCAUCCCCCGUCACCUUCAGCUGGCCGUACGCAACGACGAGGAGCUGAACAGGCUGAUGGGCGGUGUGACCAUCGCUCAGGGAGGUGUGCUGCCAAACAUCCACGCCGUGCUCCUGCCCAAGAAGAAGUAAUUUUGAGAACGAACGAACAAAUCCCGGCCCUUUUCAGGGCCACCUACAUCCCUUGAAAGAGCUAUCUCAAAGUCAUACGUUUCCCACACCAAGGAGGUUGCCCACACAUACACACUUCUAAUCAUAUGCACUACUCUCCAAGCAGAGGUUGGGAAUUUUUUGUCUUUGAUCUCCCCACCAAGGUCACAACUUUUCCCCAGCUACUUCUAUUUGGGAGCACUUUAUUAAGUAAACAUGCACCAGUUUUAUUCUGACCUUACGUUCUUUCUUGAUUGGUUUCUGCCAACUGAG